AUGAAUGUUGGGAAGAGAAAGGUUCUGAUCAGGGAUGAAGAGAUGGAGGAAGCUAACCAUGAGGUAGGCAUAUGGAAAAAAACUAAGCCUAUGGAGGAAUUGUAUUCUGCUAAGAUCACUAGUUGCCUGAAAACAGUAAACUACUCCUUCAACUGCAAUGGAGAAAUUAAAGGUUUUGUGACACCAGGAAGGGGAAUACAACAGGGAGAUCCAUUGUCUCCUUAUCUAUUCUUAAUAUGCUCUGAAGGAUUCUCCAAUUUGCUGAGGAAAGCUGAAGAAAACAGGAGCAUCACAGGACUGAAAAUUAGUAGGCAAGGACCACUCCUCACCCAUCUCUUUUUUGCAGAUGAUUCCCUCAUCUUUUGUAAAGCUAACAAGCAAGAGGCUGAUGAGAUCAUGAAAGUUCUAAAAGUCUAUGAAAUAGCUUCAGGACAGUUGAUCAACCUUGACAAAUCUGCUGUAUUCUUUAGUAAAAACAUGGACUGUGCGCAAAGGGGAGAGGUAUGCCAAGCUCUAGGAGGAAUGAUGGAAGCAAAGCAAGGGAAAUAUUUUGGACUUCCAAUGGUGGUUUCCAGAACAAAGGAUCAGAUAUUUGGUUUUGUCAGAGAAAGCAUAAAAAGAAGACUCCAGAAUUGGAAAAACAAAUUUUUGAGCUCAGCUGGAAAAGGGAUCAUGCUGAAGACAGUAGCAAUGGCCAUGCCUACGUACGUUAUGUCAUGUUUUAAGUUGCCAAGAAAACUUUGCAAAGACAUUAGUGCUUUGAUGGCCAAUUUCUGGUGGGGAGAAACCAAUGGAAGAAACAAAAUGCACUGGAUUUCUUGGAAAAAAAUGGCAGUACACAAAAACGCAGGUGGUCUAGGUUUCAAGGAUUUAGAGGCCUUCAAUAAAGCACUUUUGGGGAAGCAGGUAUGGAGGAUCCUAGCCAAGCCAAAUCUUCUUGUCAGCAAGGUGUUGAAGGCUAAAUAUUUCCCUCAGGAAUCUAUACUACAAUGCAUUCCCCCCAAGAAUGCAUCAUGGAAUUGGCAAGGAUUAACGGGAGCAAGAAGUUUACUAGAUGAAGGCUUGAUCAGGAGAAUUGGAAAUGGUAGAAGUACAAAAAUCGGGGAUCAUAAAUGGUUACCAGAGACACUCACGGGGAAACCAACUACUUGCAGAUCCAGUAGCUGUGAGCUGAAAAUGGUUGCUGAGCUUAUAUAUCAGAAGAGAUGGAACAGAAAUAUCAUCUUCAGCAACUUUAACAGAAAUGAUGUUGAGAUGAUUCUUAGCAUCCCUUUAAGCCUCUCAGUGAGGGAAGACAGCUAUUACUGGCAACCAAAGGCUGGAGAGGAGUAUAUAGUUGAAUCAGGUUACAAAAUUCUGAUGAAGAAAGGCAGAAGUGAAAGGAGGUGCAACUCUGAGGGAACUGGAUCAAGCAAUGCAGAAAGAAGCCAACAAAUGUCUCAGAUGUGGAAUACACUGUGGAAGCUCAACAUUAAACAUAAAAUUAAGCUCUUCAUUUGGAAGUGUAUUAAAGGAGCCUUGCCAGUAAGGGAGGCAGUAUGGAAAGAUAGGAAUAAAAAGGAGUUCGAGAGCUCAGUAAGGUCCACACCAAUGAGAACAAUAGAACGGGCACAUAAGGAAUGGAUGGAACAAGUGGAAGUGAACCAGCAGAAAGAUAGAAAGAAUACAGAAGAAACAGUCCUUAAGUAUGAACAACAAAGCCAGCGCAAUGAAAAGGAAGGAACAAUAAUUAUAGGAGUGGCAACAACAAAGCAGCAAGGACAUAAUACUCUUGGAAUAGGAGUCACAGUAAAGGAAAUGGCAACCACUAAAAUUGCAGAUUGGGUGCUGAAAGAGAGAAGCCUGGGGAACAAAGUUUUGGAUGAAGCAUUGGCAUUAAAACUGGUUUUGUGUAAAGCUAAGCAACAGCACUAG